CUGAUAUAAAACUAGAAACAAGAAUAGUUCAAGGUCACACAAAAAACUUGAACAGUUACUCCUUCUUGCUGCUAUAUUUACUUGAAUUUGAAAAAAAAAAAAAAAUCCUCGAGUCCUCUUUAUGGACUACCGUGGACGGCUUUACUUGCUAGUCGGUGGGUAGCAGCUCAAUUUCCUAGCAUCAUCUUGGAAAGUCAGCCUAUAAUGGUAAUCAAGUCCCUCAUACUCUUUAUUUCCUCUUUAGACACAUCUAUAGCCUUGCUGCUAAUGAUUGUGGGGAGAAAAAUGAACUAUUUCAGAGUCGUUGGGAACAAACCCAUGUCGGUUUUCCGACCCUGACCUCAGAAGCAAUUUGCCUUCAUUGUUGACUUUUCAUUUUUAUGGUCUUCGUGCGGAUGCGGAUAUAGAAAGGGAAAACUAGAAACCCUUAUGACAAAUUUUGUCUUUGUCCGCUGUUCUGUUCAAGACUAUAAUAUAUUCAAUCUUAUGUGGAUUCAAACAGUCCCUGUUUUUCUUUCUUCUUUUUUCUUUCUUAAAAAAAAAAAAUGAGUUGGGGUUGCUGUGAAGUCAUAGGACAAUUGUGAAUCCUGAAUUAUUCAUUUGAUUGGCCGUUAAAGCUUCCAGCUUUUUUGGGGUUUCCUUUUAAAUCAUGAACACACGGCCAUUUGGGUUCUACACAUAGAUGUUGACUGGCAAAUGAGAGGCUCAGAAAACUUUUUCAAGUGCAGCUGAUAGAAAAUGUCCAGAAUUCAAUCGAGCUUCCCUAACCGAUUCAUGAAAUAAAAAAAAAAAUGGUAAUGGAUGUCUUAUCCGAUUCUCCCCUGGACCCACUUCUCGAGCUCAUUUCCCAAACAAUCGAGGCUAUCAUCGAGCUAGCCCUGUCUUCAAAAAACGUCCUUGUCGACAAGAAGAGCUUUGCCGAGCUCUCGUCUUACCUCGAACGUCUCGUCCCUCUCUUGCGUGAGCUCCACACCGGAAACACAACCUCUUCAGAAGGACUAACAAACUUCAUCGAAAUUUUAAGCCGCGAGACCAACGAGGCCAAGAAACUAAUCGCCGACUGCAGCCAAAGGAACAAAUUCUACCUGUUCGUGAACUGCCGCUCGAUCGCCAAGCAAAUCAAUCGCAUAACUAAAGAAAUUGGCCGCGCACUAAGCUGCCUCCCUCUCGCCUCCCUAAACGUAUCACUCUCGAUCAAGGAAGAUAUCGACGAGCUCGUCAAUAGAAUGGAGAACGCCGAAUUCGAAGCCGCCAUGGAAAAAGAAGCCAUACUCGACAAAAUUGAGCUUGGAAUAAAUGAGAGGAACAUGGACCGUACGUACGCGAAUAACUUACUCGUCUCGAUCGCGAAAGCAGUCGGGGUCCCGACCGACCGCACGGCGCUAAAGAAGGAAUUCGAGGAGUUCAAGACCGAAAUCGAGAACCUUUGGUCGAGAAAGGACAAGGCAGAGGCCAUUCAGAUGGACCAAAUCAUCGGUUUGCUCGAGCGGGCAGACGUGACAUUGUCCUUAGAGGAUCGUCAGAAGAAAUAUCUUACAAAGAGAAAGUCGCUGGGAAUGCGGCCUCUGGAGCCUCUCACGUCUUUCUACUGUCCAAUCACCAAGGAAGUGAUGAAGGACCCUGUGGAGAGCCCGUCAGGCCAAACUUUCGAGCGGGCAGCCAUUGAGAGGUGGCUGAGAGAGGGGAAUGGGUCGUUUUGUCCGCUGACGGGGACACCGCUCGACGUGACGAAACUGAGGCCGAACAAGACUCUUAGGCAGUCGAUUGAGGAGUGGAGGGAGAGGAACACGAUGAUUUUUAUUGGCUCGUUGGGGUCUAAGAUGGAGUCUUUGGAGGAUGAGGAGGUGGUGAGGGCCCUGGACCAGGUGAAGGAUCUGUGUGAGGAGAGGGAGGUGCAUAAGGAGUGGUUUGUUUUGGAGAAUUAUAUACCGAAGCUUGUUGAGCUUCUUCGGAAUAAGAAUCGGGAGGUUAGGAGUCGGGCUCUUUCGGUGCUUUGCUUGCUGGCGAAGGGCAGUGAUGAUGCCAAGGAAAGAAUUGCCAACAUCGAGGAUUCGGUCAAGCCAAUUGUUGAGUUUCUCGGGCGUCGAUUUAGGGAAAGGAAGUUAGCGGUGACAUUACUAUUGGAGCUCUCGAAAUGUGAAAAUAUGCGUGAACGCAUAGGGAAGGCAAAGGGCUGUGUACUUCUUUUGGUGACCAUGUUAAGCAACACAGACCCACAGGCUGCCAGUGAUGCAAAGAGUGUCUUGGACAAUCUCUCGUACUCGGAUGACAAUGUUAUCCUCAUGGCAAAAAGUAAUUAUUUUCAGUAUCUUCUAGAACGUCUCUCUUCAGGUCCCGAUCACGUUAAGAUGAGGAUGGCAAGAACCUUGGGCGAGAUGGAAUUAACUGACCAUAAUAAAUCAUCCUUAGUUGAAAAUGGCGUGUUGGAUUUACUUCUCAUUUUGCUCUCCCAUGAUAACGUUGAUAUGAAAAUCGUAGCCGUUGAAGCUCUUCUCAAUCUCUCUAGCUUGAAACCAAAUGGUCAAGAAAUAAUCAAGAAAGGCGCAGUCCGCCCAUUGCUGGACAUUCUGUAUCGCCAAACAUCAUCACAGAGACUUCGUGAGCUGAUAGCUUCUACCAUCGUUCAUCUUGCUCAGUCGACUGUACCGGAAGCCCCUGAUUCGAUGCCAGCUGUCAUGCUUGAAUCGGAUGACGAUAUCUCGGAACUAUUUUCCUUCAUUAAUCUCGUGGGCCCCAACCUGCAGCAAUACAUUCUCCGAGCUUUUCAUGCCAUGUGUCAAGGUCCGUCCACUUACGUCAAGUCGAAAAUAAUAGAGUGCUCAGCGGUGCAAAUGUUAUUCCAUUUAUGUGAGUCGGAUGACAUCAUCCUACGCGCAAACGCCAUCAAGCUCUUAUGUACCAUAACCGAAGAAAACUGUGAUGGGUCCACAAUAACCGACCACAUAACCCAGGUAUCAGUCGAGACCUUGCUGAAAAUUAUCAAGGCCUCGCAAGACGAGCACGAGAUCUCGUCCGCGCUCGGCAUAAUCUCGAACCUUCCGAAAACGCCCCAAAUAACCGAGUGGCUAUCCGAGUCCGCGAAUCUCCCCUCUCUCCUCAACCUAUUCCACGACUACAAAAACAGCAUUCACCAGAAGCACCACCACCUGAUCGAGAACGCGGUCGGGGCCGUCUCACGUCUAACCGUUGAGACGUGCCCGGGACUACAGAAGAAAGUCGCCGAGGCAGGAAUCAUACCCCUUUUGGUAAACUCGCUCGAAAUCGGGACCGACCUGACGGUCAGACGAGCCGCAAUAUCUCUAGGGCAGCUUUCUAGAAGCUCCCCCAGGCUGACGAGGCAGAUCCCGAGACGCAACUCUUUCUGGUGCUUCUCAGGCCUGCCUUACUCGGCCUGUCCAGUGCACUUGGGCCUCUGCACAGUCGAGACCUCGUUUUGCCUGGUGGAGGCUUGUGCGGUGGAGCCCCUUGCAAGGGCUCUUAAGAAGCAGGAUCACGGAGCAUGCGAGGCUGCCCUGGAUGCUCUGCUCACUCUGAUUAGUGAUGAGCUGUUGCAGAAUGGGUGCAAGGUGCUGGCGGAGGCGAAUGUUAUUCGGGAUAUGAUUAAGUUGAUUGGUAGUGAUUGUGUUGGACUGCAGGAAAAGGUGUUGGGGGCUCUGGAGAGGGUAUUCCGGGUGUUGGAGUACAAGCAGAUGUACGGGGGCUUGGCGCAGCAUCCGUUGGUGGAUUUGACUCAGAGGGGGAAUAGCAGGUUGAAGUCUUUGGCGGCAAGGAUACUUGCGCAGUUGAAUGUGCUUCACGACCAGUCUUCUUAUUUCUGAAUGGGAAACAAGCUCGACUUCACCACGUUUCACGUGUAAAUAGGAUGGGUGAUUCUUAUUCAUGCCUGUUGAUUUUUAGUUCUUGCAUUCUUUUGCUUCAUGGAAGAUGUCUGGUUGGUGAGUGGCGGCAGAGACAGGUUUUGCUAUAGAUUAUUGUGAAAUUCUUUAGUGGUUGAUACUUGUUUAACUGUUUUAGUAUUGUUAUAGUGUUGUGAUUGGAAAGAAAUUGUCAAACUUUGUUGUACAUGUAAAUUUGACGAUUGUUUGCCAUUCCAUCAAUUGACACUUCGAUUUCGAUAGGCCUACUUUCAAACGACCCAAUGGAACAAGCAUGCA